CCCGUCGGUGAGGUCAAACUGAGGUCAGACAGACGGAGUGAAUGGUGAGUUGUCACAACGCUGCUCGGCAAAAACUACAAGCCAAAAUCACACUAAAACAAGAUGGCAGGAGUGGUUAGAAGGAUCAUCAGCACAGCGAAGGCCCCAGCCGCCAUCGGGCCGUACAGCCAGGCUGUGGUGGUCGGGGACACCAUGUAUAUCUCCGGGCAAAUCGGCAUGGACCCCGCGUCGGGCAACCUCGUAUCGGGAGGGGUGGUUCCCGAGGCUGAGCAAGCACUGAAGAACAUGGGUUCGAUUCUCGAAGCCGCCAACAUCGACUACAGCCACGUGGUGAAGGCGACCGUCCUGCUGGCGGACAUCAACGACUUCGCUGCCGUCAACGAGGUGUACAAGAAGUACUUCCCGGCCAACCCGCCCGCACGGGCCGCCUUCCAGGUCGCCGCCUUGCCGAAGAACGGACGUGUGGAGAUAGAGGCCAUCGCCAUCGCUAACCAUAUAGUGGAUCGUUCUUGAAGAGAAUCAUCUCUCCAGAUCUUCAGUCUCAACAGUCUUCUCUCUAGUGGGACCAUUCUCAAAAGAAAACUGUUAACAAAUCUUAACCUCAAAAGUGUAAUGUUCACAAAGAUCCUCAGUUUAGGCCAGUAUCGAGGUGGGAGGGAGGGGGGCGUGUCCUGGUGGUUAUUUUAUUAGCCUGGAAUACAGUCUUGUUUAAGUUCCAGUCCGCGAAUUAGCCACUGUUGGAGGCGGACAAAAACUAUCAGGGCUGUAGGUUAGGGAAGGCAGUCUCACUACCAGGUUCUGAACAGCUUAACUAUGGAAGCUCCCAGUACUGAACUAGGCACAGAGCCAUUAGAGAUCAUUAGAGGUUCAGGUUGAAUUAUUUUUAAGGAAUAUUUGAACGUGUAUGUUAUACAGUCCGGACCUGCAGUUUGUAGUGAGUAUGACUUUCCCUGGUUCUAGGACCAAAAUCUACAGACUAGAGCUUGGGAAAAUUUGACGUUGUUUGUAUAUGCAAUCGUUACCUAAAUGUGUAGGUAUGAGUGUGACUACUCCUAGUACAAGGACCAAAACCUACAUCAAAUUCAAAGCUACAACGUCAUAUUGUCAAAGACUCUUCCAUGCUGUUGACUGUUCGUAAAUACUGUUACACUACUCAAAGUUGCGCCCGGUCCCAACGACCCAUGUAUACAAUCAGUAUAAAUUACUGGAUGAUUUUGACCACAAUGUCGCUGUACUUGGGUGAAUUAGGUAUAGUUAUUUUGGCCCCACCGCACGGAGCAUAGAAAAGGCUAUUGGUAUUGCAAUAGCUAGACACCCUCCCCUGCACUGUGUGAGAAACAACAUAAUAAAUUGAUAAGAGCAAAGUGUAGGACACAGGCCUUAUGGUUGAUGGAGAGUAGUUUUGUUUCACGGGGCUGUCAGUUGUGCAAAAGCAAAGAUUGUUACCAGUUGCAAGUGUAUUUUUUUCAGUUUAACCAAUUAUCUCACGCAAUAUCGGACACAAACGGAUUAUCAAGUGUUGUCUUGAACAGCAAAAAUUGGUGUAUGUUCCUUAGAUAGUCAAUUAUAGUUCAGUUGUGUUGUAUUGAGAUAUCCUCGAAAUAAACAAGGUACAGCACAAAA